GUCGAUUAAAUUCACAAAAACGACGUCAUUUUAGUAAAAGAAGAAAAUUGAACAUAUCAAUUGGACCACUGCUUUUGUGGUUUCGACUAUCAUUGACCGAUAUUGACUACCGCUUCUUGCAUUUGAUAUUCCAGUCGAUUUUAUGAUAGAUACCGGUUGAACCUUAUUAUACGGUGAUGACAACAUAAACUUGUUCCUAAAAUAAUCCAUAAAAAAUUUGGUCAAACCCUCAAAAGUAAUCCGCCCCCAAAUUAAUAGCAGGUUAGCAACGCCAACAUGGAAUAUGUCUCAGGAGAGAAACAGAAAAAGCCAUACACACCAAAAAAAAAAAAAAAAACCCCUUCGCUUCCGUCCAGAUCCCUUCUUUCAGACAAACAUCGAUCGAUCCCUCACCAGCCAAAAAUCUGUUCCUCUUCCUCCAAAUUUUUUUUGUGCGUACCUGCUUUUCUCUGAUUAACAGCGCAUUCCUUCUUCCCCAAAAUUGAAAUCUAAAUCCGGCCACCGCCAUGCCAGCCCUCAAACUGAGCAUGGCCGCUGCUUCCUUCUGCGCCAAACCCUACAAAUGGCCUCGCUCCGCUUUCCCUCCUUCCCCUUCUCCCAAUUCACCCACCACCACCACCUCCGCCGCCGGUCUCCUCCCUCUUCCGCCCCCUUCCUCCGCCGCCGCCGUGCUCUCGCUCUGUGCGGUCCCAAUCAAUUGCGGAAGAGCGUGGCGCAGGAUACCACCCUGCGCACACCUCGCUCCUUUUAAUGAUUGUUAUCGGUACCAAAUUUUUAGCUGUAGCAGUAAUAAUAAAAAAGAUAUUUUUUUUAAUAUAAGCGCCACCACCAGCAGCGGCAGUUUGUUAUUAGGGCUUCCUUCUCAUUUCUCAUCUUCCUCCCUCCGAAAUUGUGGCUUGCCGCCGUUCGCUCGUAGGGCUGCCGGAUUCUCCGCUGGAUCCGAUUCUUCCUCGUCGUCGCCUUCCGGGUCCGGUGGUGUGAUCGCGGAAGAUAUGGGAUCCGGUAACAAGGCGCCCGUGGACGGCGUCGAGUGGUACCCUGGUGGCGACGGCGUGAACGGAUUAGAUCGACCGUCUUCUUCGCCGUCGCCCGAUCAUCGGAAGCAGGAGGAAUGCUCGUCGAAAUUUCUCACGCUGCCUACCAUUUUAACACUCGGCCGCGUUGCUUCCGUGCCGCUUCUCAUCGGCACCUUUUACAUUGACACUUGGUUGGGAAGAACUGCUACAACUAGUAUCUUCCUUGCUGCGGCAGUAACUGAUUGGCUUGAUGGGUACCUCGCGCGGAAGAUGAGGUUAGGGUCUGCCUUCGGUGCAUUUUUGGAUCCUGUAGCUGAUAAGCUUAUGGUUGCUGCUACCUUGGUUCUCUUGUGUACUCAACCUUUGGAAGUUCCUAUGCUCGGGCCAGUUCCAUGGCUACUCACUGUGCCUGCGAUUGCUAUUAUUGGUCGGGAGAUAACAAUGUCAGCAGUCAGGGAAUGGGCUGCUUCACAAAAUACGAAGCUUCUAGAGGCUGUUGCAGUAAAUAACUUGGGGAAAUGGAAAACUGCUACACAGAUGAUCGCGUUAACCAUACUUCUUGCGACCCGAGAUGGAGGGGUUGGAGGCCAUGGGGCAUUUGUAGCCUCUGGUGUUGGUUUGCUUUAUAUUUCAGCAGGUCUCUCGGUAUAUUCUUUAGCCGUGUACAUGAGUAAGAUUUGGAAAGUACUGCUCAAGUAGCUAGCUUGACUUCGCCGCAACCUGCAUAAUCCUCUGUCGUGAGUCGUGACCAUCACUUCUUGCUAGUGACGGUGGAUUGAGAGGAAAGCUGCUGUACAGGAGAAGUCUCAGCUCAUCUCCUUGCCUUUUAAAGGUGAAGCUGUCUCUCUCUGGACAUGGUUGCCGAGCUUUUGCUGGUGUUUGGGAAGCAACAGUUCUUAACAUUCUGAGAUUCCGUGUAUAUGUAUAUAUAUUUGGACAGAAAGCCCUUCUCUGCUUAAAAUAUUAGCCGGAUUUUGGUUGGCAGUGGAUUAAGGUUGAAGCUUCCACAGUACUGGUCUACGAGCUUGACCUCGGCUGGAAACUAUGUGCAUUGAUAAGAUGAGCUGUGAUGCAACCGCCAAUCUUCUGUAUUUCUUACUUAGGCAAUAAAACACAGCAACUUGUUUGGAUGAAACUUUUGAGUUAUACAGCAUUAAUGCAAGAGCAGUGGUAUCACAUUUCAUUUGUACCUGUUGCAUCUUGUGACACACGGCAUGGAAACUUAAGAGUAGAUAUUUGUUUAUUUGUGACAUCUGCUAAUGUCGAUGCCUGCUGGUAGCAUUGCCAUUGCCAACUGAAAUCAAGAGUCUAAUUACGAUUGUCAUCCGCAAUUAUUAAAACUUCUCUCUCAUAGAUUCGAC